AAGAAAAGGGCGCGACUCACCGGAAAACGAGAAUCCGGUGUCCGUGUCGCUCUCGUUUCUCUUUCUCCGACGAGCGCGACGGCACCGGAAUACGCAUCGCCUCCCGAAGUGCUUCCUAACUGUUGAUUUCACGAGCUGCGGGGAAUCCCACGGUGAGCGAGGGAACAAGGAGAAGGAGGAGGGAGGGAGGGAGUUGGAAGGAGAAGAUUCGAAAGGGGUGUGGAGACUAGAACGUUCGCCAUCGACCUCGCUGGAGAUGAGUCGCGGGCUUGUCUCCUUCCCGGUGAUCGUCGUCUUCGUCGUGAUCGGAUUCCUAUAUUACACCACCGUUUUUGUCGUGGUGGACGAUUGGCUUGGGCUGCGAACAUCGCCGGGUAUCCUGAACGCCGGAGCCUUCACGGCCUUGGCAUCGAUGGUGGUUUUUUCCUACCUGCUGGCCAUCACGAAGGAUCCUGGCAGCGUCCCAUCAUCUUUUGUGCCGGAUAUCGAGGACUCCGAGUCGCCGAUCCACGAGAUCAAGCGGAAGGGUGGUGAUUUGAGGUACUGCCAAAAAUGUUCUCAUUAUAAGCCUCCCCGAGCACAUCAUUGUCGUGUUUGCAAGAGAUGUGUGCUGAGGAUGGAUCAUCACUGUGUCUGGAUAAAUAAUUGUGUUGGGCAUGGAAAUUACAAGGCCUUUUUUGUCUUUGUGUUGUAUGCUGUAAUAGCAUGCAUUCAUGCCAUGGUUAUGCUCCUGAGUGCCGUGACACAUGAUGUAAACAAGGAUCAACAGCUGGGUGGUGGAUCAUCCAGAACUUUAUAUAUAUUAUGUGGCACGAUAUUGGUUCCAUUAACUGUGGCAUUAAGUAUUCUCCUGGGAUGGCAUAUAUACCUUGUCUUUCAUAACAAGACAACGAUUGAGUAUCAUGAAGGAGUAAGGGCAAUGUGGCUGGCUGAGAAAGUUGGACAUAUAUAUCGUCAUCCUUAUGACCUUGGUGUUUAUGAAAACCUUGUCUUGGUACUAGGCCCAAAUUUUGUCAGUUGGUUUUUCCCAACCUCUCAGCAUAUUGGUUCAGGUCUCAGGUUCCGUACUUCUUAUGAUGGCCUACCUACAGUUCCAAGCUAACAAUCUCGUGCAUGAUAUCGUCUUUACCGAGGUCGUCCAAGGCUUCUGUUGCUGCUGCUGCUAUGAUAAGAUGAUUGACUAAGAUGAUUGACUUGGAGAAUAUAUUGGCAGCUGCUUGAGUUACAUUUGGGUCGCUCGUCACUGAUCACUCGCUCACAUCAUUCAUUUUUUAUUUUUCUGGGGGCACUCGUAGGAGGGGAUGCUAAAGAAGGGGUGGCAUCAUUUUUACAAAAAAUGGAAAAUUUCAUGUAACUUACAGAAUUCAGAAAGAAUAAGAAGGCUUGUAUGUUGUUGUAAAUUAGUUUCUGAACGCCAAAGUUGCUGAUGAAUUGGGUUGUAGUGCAACUUCCGUUCAUGAUGGCGAACAGAAGACUUCGGGGAGUAGCCAUACCUUGAAUGUUGACAGAAACAGGCUUUUUCUUAAUGUAAAUCAAAAUUUCUCCUUCGCU